CUGAAUGCCAAACAGAGACAUUGGAGCUCCAAUGGAUACUAGUGCGGUAAAGGCAGAAGUGGGGUACAUUAGUUAAUUUAAAUGCAAGUUUGAAGAGUAAAGUGCAAGCUAAUUUACUCUUCAAAGUGUAAAAAUGAAAAGUUCUGGUCGUCUUGCUAACAGAUUGAAGACAGGUUUUUUCCACAAGGCACUCAGAGGAGUGCUCAAGAGACAGUCCGGUUCCUUCAAAUGUCUCCUCAUCUGGGCCAUCGUCACGUUGCUGAUCACCGUGAUCCUGUUCACCACCUUUGACCUCCGACCCUCGUACUUCCGCGCGAAGGCAGACGUCGAGGCGGACAUUAAGGCGGCCUUGCGGGCAGCUGUGACGUCGAAAGUGAGGGCGCACACGCCCCCCAGCGCGACAGGCGUGGACGUCAAAGCCGGGGACGUCAAAGACGGAGACGUCAAAGACGGAGACGUCAAAGCCGGGGACGUCAAAGACGGAGACGUCAAAGACGGAGAUGUCAAAGAUGAGUAUGAGGAUGAGGAGGACAGGAACGUCAAAGGCUGGGACCUCAGACUGGAGGCACUCAGGGAAGCCAGGAACGAGACCAAGGUGUACGAGUGCACUGAGAACAACUCGGAGCGGGACGUCGCGGGCUUUGCGGAGCUGAAGCCGCAGAUUCAGGACUUCCUGCUGUACAGACACUGCCGGUACUUCCGCCGCCUGCUGGACGUGCCGGAGAAGUGCGGGCCGACGCGCCGGCACUCGGCCGGGAUCUUCCUGCUGCUGGUGAUCAAGACCACGCCGAGCAGCUACGACCGGCGGGAGGUGGUGCGGCAGACCUGGGGGGCGGAGCGGCGGAUCAACAACGCCAACAUCCGCCGCGUGUUCCUGACGGGGCGGGAGGCGGAGGGCGAGUUGCGGGGCCGCUCCGACGAGCUCCUGCGCAUGGAGAACCGUCGCUACGGCGACAUCCUGCAGUGGGACUUCCUGGACACCUUCUUCAACCUGACGAUCAAGCAGCUGCUCUUCCUGGACUGGCUGCACGAGCGGUGCCCGCUGGUGCGGUUCCUCUUCAACGCUGACGACGACAUCUUCGCCAACACCGACAAGUUCGUGCCGUACCUGCAGGGGCUGGACACGCCCGGCGCGCCCCCGCACCUGUACAUGGGCCAGGUGCUGUACGCCACCGAGCCCAUCAGGUGGGCCGUGAGCAAGUACUACAUCCCCCCGCAGGUGUACGCUGGCAAAACCUUCCCCCCCUACUGCACCGGCGGAGGGUUCCUCCUGUCCAGAUCCACGGCCCAGGUCAUCCUGGGCAUGUCGCCCACGGUGCCGCUGAUGCCCAUAGACGACGUCUACAUCGGCCUGUGCUUGGACAAGGCCAGCCUGCGACCCAGCAUGCACUUCGGUUUCCUGGUCGUGGGAGAAAGGGCCAUGGCCAAAUUAACCUACCCGCUGGACCCCUGCCUCUUCCGGGACAUUUUUCUGGCCCACGGCUUCCAGACUUACGAGAUCAUGGUCAUAUGGGAGCGUAUCCACGCCCCGGAGCUGAUGUGCGGAAUACCCGAUCCUCUUUAGCAGAGCGUCCGGGGGACGAGUUCAGCAGCGAGUUCAGCAGCGGAUUCAGCAGCGGGUUCAGCAGCGAGUUCAGCAGCACUGCUUGGCUUUGCGCUGGCUGCAGGACAGAGCGGCAGAGUGCGUGCUGCGUCCGGAUCCAGUCGAGCACACGGGGGCUACGAGCUCAGUCAACGCACGACUGGCUUUCUCUUGCUUCUCACUCCGGGGGUGGUGGGCUUUAAUGGUUUUUAAAGGAAGAUUUAAUCCAGAAGAUAUACUGUGUAUACUGUAUACACUCUCUGAGCGCUUUAUUUGGAACAUAACACCUCAGGUUUAGCACCUACUUAUUCGUGCGAUUAUCUAAUCGGCCAAUCGUGUGGCAGCAGUGCAGUGCAUAAAAUCAUGCAGAUACAGGUCAGGAGCUUCAGUUAAUGUUCACAACAACCAUCAGAAUGGGGGAAAAUGUGACCUCAGUGAUUUUGU